CCGUCGGGCCUCGGCGGCCUUGGCUGGGCGGCGGGUACCGGGUAGACUCCGCCAUGGGCUGGUGGGUGCGGGCGGCCGGGCGCUUCCUGCGGGGCGCGGCCGGGCGCAGGCCCCCCCGGUGCAGCUCGAGCCGGGCCUCUGCCUCCCCCCCGCCGCCACCGCCUGUCUCGGAGCUGGACAAGGCGGACGCCUGGCUGCUCAGGAAGGCGCAUGAGACGGGUUUCCUGUCCUGGUUUCGCAAUGGCUUGCUGGCAACCGGCGUUGGAGUAAUUUCUUAUGUCCAGAGCGACAUGGGACGAGAGGCAGCUUAUGGUUUCUUCAUUCUCGGCGGGAUUUGCGUCUCUUAUGGCAGCGCCUCCUACCUUGUCAGCCUCUUCCUCCUCCGCCGCACCAUGAUGCUUGCUUUCUCCACGGCCCUGCUGAACGGCACAGUGGUCACAACGGUGGCGCUGUUCUGGCUGUGUGCCAUCUCCCUCUACAUUGGUCGCCUUGAGGUUGAGAUCAUACAGGAGGACAGUAGUGAUGAAUGCCAGAACACAAAAAAGGAUGAUGGGAAGUCGGAUGAGUGAAGACCAAGGUCCUGGGGAAUUUUGCUGCUUUCAUGAUGGUCAUUUAGAAUGUUCUCCAGCACACUCAGUGGACCGAGUUUUAAUGCAAUAGAUACAGCGCCCACAGGCUGUCCUGCUCACUGUGUCCAAGGGCACGAAGGAAGGGCAGCUUUAUUUUAAAUAAGACACUGCGUUGGCUGCUUUAUAUUUAUUUAACAUUUUCCAGAUUGGCAGUGGGAAUUAGCAUUAGAAAAAUUGGAUCAUCGAACAGAAAUAUGGCUGCAGGAGACCCUGCUGUGGUAGUAAAUGAAUUGGUGGGACGGCUUCCCAGCUGGGAGCUUGCGUUGCUGUCAAAAUGGAUUGAUGCUUUUAAAGAGCUGGCUGUCCACUGGGAUCCUGUGCUCCUGUCUCCCACAGACAUCCCAUGCCUAUUCUGCCAGGUAUGCAGAAGCUGGAAAUUUUAAGCCAAAUUCAGCUGAUGUUCCCUAGAAAUGUUGAAUCGCAACAGUAUCCCAUGGAGCUCGAUCCUGCUGCCCCGUCUUAUGUUGUAAAGUUAGCAUAUCACAUUGAGGUUACUCACUGCACCUCUUGAGCAGCUCGAUCCUGCUGCCCCAGCUUACAUUGUGAAGUUAGCAUAUCACAUUGAGGUUACUCACUGUGCCUGUUGAGACCACUUUACAUCCAGAUCGGUUAAUGUUUGUAUUAAAAACAUCAAAACAAAA